GUGACAAAAACAAACCUUUUAAUCUACCAUUUAAAACCUCGAUCUCAGGGGUGUUGGGCACGUUAUCGAAGAAUCUGAUGUGAGAAUAGCCUAGGUACCAUCCGCUAUCAUUGUGGUUUGCGAGUACACCCCAACUAUCCCAGAAGCACAUCGCACCCUGGCGCGUCAACCUAAUAUCGCUCCUCACUCGCACAUUCGCAUAUAUCUUCCCACAUGGAUGUCACAAUGCAUGAAAGUCCGUCGCUGGCUACAAUUACCCAAUGCUCGAGGCGAUCCCACCGCAAAACGAGGACAGGCUGCAUGAUUUGCAAGGCUAGGAAAAUUAAGUGUGAUGAAACGAAACCGCAUUGCAACAACUGCUUAAAGCGCUCCGUGCAAUGCGAGUAUCCGACUCUGCCACCAACAUCGUCCGAUAAAAUUCUGUUGUCGGCAAGUGAUGAGCAGGUAGCAAACAGCCCCGAAUCGGCCUACGGCGACUCCCAGCUCAGCCUAGAUCUUGUUAACAUGGAGUAAGGAUAAUGGCAUCUCAAAAAUCAUUGUUCUUCCAUCUCUGAAAUGUUUAUCUUCCUCUAUGUACUCUGAAAAUAACUCAAGACAGUCUCUUAUUUACCCAAUCAGUUCACCUCUAAACAGUGGUUAAAUAUUAAGCGCUAACUCCUUAAUCUUCUAGACUCCUACACCACUACACUACAUCCACUUAUCAUACCCUAAGAAGAGAUCCCGUGCAGAGGACGUUGUGGCAGAUGACUGUUUGCGAAAUAGGCUUUUCCAAUGAGUUCGUCCUACGUGGUAUCCUAGCAAUUGCGGCGCUUCAUCUGGCUAGCCUACGACCUAGCCGGAAGGACUUUUAUAUUUCAAGGGGUAUCAUGCACCAUGAAUUAGGCCUGCGCAGGGCGACUAGCUUGCUCCCAUACAUGGACAAAGAAAACUGCACCCCGUUAUGUAUCUUCGCUGCCCUUGCUGGCAUCUUCGCUAUGGCUCGUCCUCGGACACAAGAAGAUUUUCUUCUUGUAAACGACAAAGGCCUCGCUAACUGGAUGGUAUUAAUGAGAGGCAUGAGUUCUAUCAUCGGCUCAGCAACCCCAACGCUGUUCUCAGGGCCUCUCGGGCCGAUGUUUCAAAAUGGACAUAGGCGAUUCCUGUUGCGAUCUCCAGAGCCGCCCAUGGACAGUUCGGUGCAUGGGGAAGAAGUGAAACUGCUGCAACAGCGUAUUCUCAGUUCAUGCGUGGACCCCAGGCUUAUAGAGGCGUAUAUCGGGGCCUUGACUGAACUGCACAUGUCACUCAAUGUUCUUUAUACCUACGCCGAGACGUAUGAAGCAAGUGACGCUUUUAUUUGGGUUUUUAGAACUCCGGAAGCAUAUUUUGUCUUACUUAAAAACCAGGAUCCAGGAGCUUUGUGUAUUUUUGCAUUCUUUUGUGUCCUUUUACACCAGCUUGGUGCGCACUGGUGGGCUAAGGGCUGGAGCACUCAUCUCAUGGAUCAAAUCUAUCGCCUGCUCGAUGACGAGCACCGCUAUUGGGUGCAGUGGCCGAUUAAACAAAUAGAAGGAAUGCGGAUUCCAGAGGCUUUGUAAUAGUUAACGGGGAGGGAUGCAAGGCGCGGUUAUCGAAAGCGUGGUUCUGCAUGUGCCACUACGGAUUUUCAGGUGCGCCGAGGAGUGGAGCCAUGUAGUGGUGUGGGGUACUGGACAACGUUUCAGAGUAGCGCGCGCCGAUAAGAAUAAAGAGAAG